GGAGCUGAGAUCUCCUUGCAGGGUGGGGUUGUUGUUGGGGGUAGGAGAAGAGGAGGCGGGCUCCUCCAAGCGAGGUGGGCUCUUCCCAGCCCAUGUGGUUCUCAUUAGAGUCGGCAGCCAAGGAACUCCGAGCUGGAGAGACCAAACCAGAGAGAGAGAGAGCGCGCGCGCGCGAGAGAGAGAGACAGGAUCCUGCAGGAGGGGAAGAGGGGAGCGAGAGGGCAGCAGAGAGAGGGAUGUGAUGACUGAGCGGAGGGAAGGAGAGAAGAGAGUUGAGAGGGCAGGAGAGGCUCGAAGGAGACGGAUCGGGGAGCCGUCUGGCAUGGAGAGGGGAGCGCAGAGACGGAGCUGGGCGCGCGGGGCGCUCCGGGGUCUUUUCAGCGGGCAGCGCUUGCUCUCCACCCUCCCUCUGCAGCUGCUGUUGCUGCUUCUCUCCAGCAACGGUGACAUCUCCAAAGUGCAAGGACUGUCACCGCAGGGAGAGUUUGUCCGGCCGCGAUGGAUCUCAGGAGGACGGAACCGGCGGGAUGUUGGCGAGGCGGAAAAGACUCAAUUUCCUGCCCGUGGAGAGGUGGCGGUUACCGUGGAAGGCAAGGAUCUAUUUUUGGUGCUGGAAAGAAACCACAGGCUGCUAUCACCAGAUUAUACGGAGACCCAUUAUGCAAAGGGGGGGCAGCCCAUGACUGUCUCACCCAACCUCACGGAACACUGCUACUACCAUGGCCACGUCCGAGGGUACGAAGGCUCCUGGGUGGUCCUCAGUACCUGCUCUGGAAUCAGUGGCCUGAUCACGCUCAGCCACAAUGACAGCUACUACCUGAAACCCCCAGCGAGCCCGGAGUCUGAGCCUCACGUCGUCUAUAGGGCAGAACACCUGCCAAUCAAAGGCGGGACCUGUGGGCACGGUGACCAGAUGCAAAACAGCGUGGCCGAUAUCGCCCGGUCCUUCAAACCGGCUGCACAUCAGCGGAAAAGGAGAGAUGCCUGGAGGACCCUGAAAUACAUGGAGCUCUUCAUUGUUGCAGACUACACCCUGUUUGCAUCCCAAAAGCAAAAUCUGGGGCACACCAAGCAACGGAUCUUGGAGAUUGCGAAUUACGUAGACAAGUUUUACAGGUCCCUGAAUAUCAAAGUGGCCCUGAUCGGCCUUGAGGUGUGGACCGAGAGGGACCAGUGCAGCUUGAGCAGCGAUGCUCACGCCUCGCUCAUGUCCUUCCUGCAGUGGAAAAAGACUCUGAAGGCUCGCAAGAAGCACGACAAUGCCCAGCUGCUGACCGGGAUGACUUUUGUUGGAACCACUAUUGGAAUGGCGCCACUGGAGGGCAUGUGCACUGCGGAAAACUCUGGUGGGGUGAGCAUGGACCACUCGGAGCUGCCCAUUGGAGCCGCCGCCACAAUGGCCCACGAAAUCGGCCACAACUUUGGCAUGAGCCACGACCCUGAGGGGUGCUGCGUCGAGGCCACGGCGUCCCAGGGCGGCUGCGUCAUGGCUGCUGCUACAGGCCACCCCUUCCCAAAAGUCUUUAGCUCCUGCAGCCGGAGGCAGCUGGAGAGCUACUUCCACCGAGGGGGUGGCGUGUGUCUUUUCAACAUGCCCGACACCAAGGACCUGGUGGUGGGCAAGAAAUGUGGCAACGGAUUCCUGGAGGACGGCGAGGAAUGCGACUGCGGGGAGGUGGAGGAAUGCACGAACCCUUGCUGCAACCCGCAAAACUGCACCCUGAAAGCUGGGACCGAGUGUGCCCACGGCGAAUGCUGCGAGGGCUGCAAGCUCAAAACAGCUGGGACCAUGUGCCGAGAGCCAGCCGGAUCCUGCGACCUGCCCGAAUACUGCACAGGGGCUUCUCCCUAUUGCCCCAGCAACGUCUACCUCCUGGAUGGCUCAAUGUGCUCCUACGGGGAGGCUUACUGCAACAACGGCAUGUGCCUGACCCACCAACAGCAAUGCAUCCAGCUCUGGGGCCCAGGUGCCUGGCCGGCUCCCGACGCUUGCUUCCGGGACGUCAACCGGGCAGGCGACAUGUACGGCAACUGCGGCAAGGACCGCCACGGCAACUACGUCAAGUGUGCGUGGAGAGAUGCCAAGUGCGGGAAGAUCCAGUGCCAGAGCUCGGCUGCCAAGCCCAAAGGGACCAACACUGUUUCCAUGGACACCACCAUCCGCUUUAACGGGCAGGAGAUCAAGUGUCGGGGGGCUCUGGUUUACGCCACCAAGGAUGACGAGGGAGACCUGUCCGACCCGGGGCUGGUGAUGACGGGGACCAAGUGUGGAGAUGGAAUGGUUUGCAAGGACCAGCGCUGCCUCAACGCCUCUUUCUAUGACCUGGACAAGUGCACCUCGAAAUGCCAUGGCCAUGGGGUCUGCAACAGCAACCGGAACUGCCACUGUGACGGAGGGUGGGCUCCUCCCUUCUGCGAGAAGGCGGGUCUGGGAGGCAGCGUUGACAGUGGGCCCGUGCAACACGAUAAUCACGAAGCCGUCCUGAUCGUCCUGCUGCUGUUUUUCUUCCUGUUCCUGCCGGCUUUGUCCCUCGGACUCUAUUGGUGCUACCGGAGGGAGAGCUCAUUGCUCAACAAGUGGUUCGAAGGCUUAAGGAAGAGCCACAAGACCUACAGGAAUGGAGCUGUCAAUCGGAAGGCAAAUCAGGGACACUCGAACUCAGCCUUCACUUUGCAGGACAUUUCCUCCUCUUCUUCCUUCUCCAAUAAGACGGUGGGCAACAGCUCCAGCCAAGCAACAAGGGGUGUUUUCCCACCCAAACCAAACCCUCUCCAAGGCGCUUCCCACCCGGUCAACGUGGUCCGCCCUCUCCGCCCUGCCCCUGCCCCGGUUACCCCUCUCCAGAAAGACCUCAAACCUUCCAGGCCGCCUCCGCUGCCUUUCAACAAAUCGCCCGCCGCGGCCGCUGGUGCAAAAUUCGGCGCACAGAACAAACUCCCUCCGCCAAAGAAGCCUCUUCCCAUCAGCCCCGCCAGAACCGCCUUGGUUGAUCCAAAGCAGAGGCCGCCACGCCGGCCGCUCCCGGGGAACCCCCUCCUGGCUAAAGAACUGCCGCCAGCUCAGGGUCAGGCCUUGCUGGUCAUGGUGCCUCCAUCGAAUGCCAAGCCGGCAGUUCUCAAUGCCACGAGCCCCCUCUCCAGACCGCUGAAGCCAGUGCCACCUCAGAGACCGGUUCCAGGCCUGAAAGUCCAGACAGCGUCCUUCCCUUUCAAGAAAUGACAACUGUGGAAAGGAGAGUCCCGGCUAACACUCGGCAGGCUCCUCCUUCCUCAUUUGCACUACUCCAGCCAAUGUGGGGAAUUUUUGCUACCAAAGACUGUUUCUUUUUUAAAAGAGAGAACAUAGGAACUGUUUUCAUCAAUGACGAAGAAGGGAGGGGGUGGAGGCCGGGCCCAGGAAAAAUGGUACUUUUGUGUGAUGGCUGGCUUUGGGGAUUUGGGACAAAAUAAGUCCUUCGGAAGUGAUUGGGGGAGAAGUUUCAUGUUGACGUGGCUCACAGACCACUGCCCAUCGAGGACUUAACGGCUGCCUACCUCUGGAAGCAGGUUUUUGCACUGAGCCUAGUUCUGAUCCGUGUCAAUUGCCCAUAAGCCGUGGACUGCUGUUACCUACCUCUGUGUUUUGCACAACCUCAUGGGAUGAUCUCUCUCUCUCUCUCACUGCUGGGAUCUGAGUGCUGGACAUCGUCUCCCUUAUAGCUGGUGUUACGAAGCUUUGGUGGGACUGUUCUCUAAAAAUGUACGGUGCCCUUGGGGCAAAGCAGCUGGGGCUGAUGGGAGUUGUAGUCCGAAACAUCUAGGUGGGGGCACCAGGUUGGGAAAGGCUGGUGAAAUGCUCUCGCAUAAUAAUAAUAAUAAUAAUAAUAAUAAUAAUCCAGCUUCCCGAGCUGGGUUUGAGUUUCAGCUGGUGCAUGGUGCCAACCACAGCUCAGGGCAAAAUGUGACUCUCCUCUACCUGAGCCCCUGGAGAAUUGCUGCUGCCAGUCAGAACUGGUAAUACUGAGCCAGACAGAUUUAUAAUCUGACCCGGUAUGGAGCAAUUCUCAAUGUUCCAGGCAGUGGUGAGACCUGUGACACUUAUGGCAGUGGUGAGUUGUGUGUCUCCCGUUGCGGAAGAGACAACACAUGCAAUCCCAUAACUCACUAAGUGCAAAUGCUAAGACCCAGAGCAGACCAUAUGUUUGCCGCAUGCUUGCCCAUCCUGAAAUAGCUGCGAAAGGGCUGGCAAGCGUCACCUGGGGUAGUGGCAUUUAAGGAUGCCCCUUGGCUUACACCCAAGCUCCGAGCUCGAGAGAAGGGCAGGCGGUCUUCCAUCUGGUUGUCCUGCACCUCCAAAGCCUGCCCAGACAGUCAAGGGUGACCCCCUGUUUGGAGGGAGAUUACCCUCUGCCCUCUUGCCUUCUCAGGAAGUGUUGGGGGGCUCAGCGUGCUCCCCAGAGCAAGGAGAGUUUCAUUUCCCCCACCCCUGGUCGUUCCUCACAUUGCUUUCCUGAGCUGGAGACAACCUCUGUUUAGGUGCCUUUCAGUUAACGAGAGAAGCGCAAGAUGGGUGAUGGUUUUUUUUUUUUUGGGUGCUCAAGUAGUUGAUCCCAGGUCACCUUCCUCCAUGAAGCAUCCUUUGUCUCUCUGGGAUCUCCUCCGUCGCUGGAAGGGACGCACUGAUCCCUCGGGGCUUCACUGAGCCUGUCUCCAGCCCUAGGACUCCUCUCGUAACAAAAACAGGAAAGACGACUCACUGAGACCGCAACAAGUGCCUUUCUCCUUCUAACCAACAAUGUCAGUGUCCAACAUCCUAGGGUCAGGGCCUGAGAAUGUGACUUUUGGACAAAUGUGAAACCCACCUCUGUGUUCAGAACCAUCAACGAGUUCUUGGUGAGAGCUGCAACGCCUUUUUCAGGGACUGACAUUAUUUUUCCUGUGAAACCAUAAUGGGCGGGUGGUUUUUCUUUUCAUAUUGGGAAUGACGCCGCUGCCUUGCUAAGAGGUUAUUCCCCCUUGGAGUUUGCAGCUGUUCGAAGCUUGACAUUGCCCUCUUCUUUGCUAAGCCAAGGCCUGCAUUUCUGCUUUCGGUGCACGAGGGCGGAACUCAGAAAACUUAACCCUCUAAGAGCUUCGGGUUUUUUUUUUAAUUAAAAAAAAUGAAAGUUUCUGGAUCUCAGGACGCUGUAGGAGGAGAUUGCAAUUCCAGGCCGAUUCCACCUGCAAUGUGUGUAUUUUCUUAGGACAUCAAUAAUCAAGGUCUGGAUGUGUUCUGGUGAAACUCUGCAGUCUGCACCCCAGCAUCUUCUGCAAUAUUUUUAGGGAAACCCAAGGCAAACAUCUCAGAUUGUGCAGUGAACUGGCUUGGGGUGGUAAGUCGAGUCCAGAAGACAGAGAGCGGGGUCAGGCAGGGGGUUGCAAAUGGUUGCGGGGGUGAUGUGUAAGGUCCUCUCCCCGACCUUACAAUCCUUCCCUCGUCCCUCCCCCUGCCUUGCGUAUUGCUGGAAAUCUCCAAAGGUUUCCUCCUUCUUUAAUGAUGGCUUUGCAGGUGUGCAUUGUUGGCAUCAAUGCUCCUCCCAGGGUGCGGGUUUUCCUCGUGUUCCUGUUGUGGUGCCUUUGCCAAAAGAGCUUCUUCUCGGUGGGCAUUGAGGCAUAGCUGCCAAGUCUCCCGUUUUCCCUGGGAAACCCCCGUUUUUCCAGUUGUCCCCAGCCGAAAAAACGGAUUUUUUAGUUUCCCCCCGGUUUAUUCUGACACAGCGGCCAUUUUGGAA